AUGGCUAACCCGCAGCCGGAAUACCCUGAGGUCCUCCUGGGGAUCCUGGAGGAGCUGGCCAACAUGCGCCAAUGGCUGACCUUCCAGGAUCUCUGCCGUAUGGUGAGCACCCGCUUUGACCUGGAGCACCUCUUCGAGCUCAGGAGUCUGCUCUUUGCGGCCGCCAGCCAGGACCCCUGUUUCCCGGCCACUCUCUUCAGAGACCGUGUUUCCACAAGAGGCCAGGGGCUUUCACCCAUAGGCGUCGCUGCCGACAUUGUAACCAUCUUCAAUCUCAUCCAGAUGACGGCUGGCGCCUCCGAUGACAGCCAACCAGUGGGAGCGCAGACGGUCCUCCCCGUCGACCAAUCCCCGGGCCCCAGACUGCCUGGAAUACAGCAGCUGAAUGUUUCUGGUGGAGAACGAGCGCGCGCCCACUCUGACUCCAGCGGCGGACCUAUCGAUCAGCACUUGCUGUUUCCCAGAUCUAAUUACUCUGCCCACAAGCGAGCGAGUCUUCCCCCCGAUCCCAUCUCUCUUGUGUCCUCCCCUCCAAUCAGGGCGCGGGCUGUGUCUUUCGACUUGCCUCACACCACACUCGUGUACCCCAUUGGUCAAGUCCCCAACGAGGUCAUGAAGAACAUAUACCAGACUUUGGAGACGGACAGUGAGUCGAGUGGAGACUCUGCGCCCAUGGAGGUGUUUGAAGAUGAACAGGGAUCGUCUGUCGACCAGAAGAGAAGCACCUUCAGGAAGGACUUUCAUAACCAGCCGACUCUGACUCCCCAGGUGACUGUGGACAGCGAGUCUCCCAGUCCUAACAAGGUUCAGAAAGGCUUCGACAAUCACAGCUUUGAGACGAUCCCAAAUCCUUACGCAUCUUCAGCGACAGUUAACCAAUCACCAGAGCAGAGGGCUAAACACGAGAGCCUUAAUGAUCUACAGGACUCCACUUACUUUGGACCGCGGCCGAUCCCAGAUUGGUCCCCGCGGCACCUUCUACCUCCGAGGUCCAAGAGGCCCAUCUGGAGCAACAAGAGCCACAGUCUGGAGGACCGGAUAGGCCCCGGCAGCAUGGGAAUGGAGAUGGAAUCACAAGGGGGGCAGCUUCCGAAACGAUCGACCCCUGCCAUCAGCAUAUUUGGGGUGUCCUCAGGAUGCGAGAGUGGCGAUGGAGUCAAAGCUCAAGGGACCCAGACAGACCCACCAGACACCCGGCGCCUCCGUAGCCUCGUCCACGCCGACCGCUUCUCCUUCAUGACCUCGUUGGAUGACCCGGACAUCGGUGAGGAUGACAUCAGCGCCAUCUUUCGUUUCUUAGAUGACAUCAGCAUGUGUGGUUCCACGGGAGUCCUGCACCACAGCGAUGGAUCAGGGGCCAUCAACCAGGACACCCACGAGGCCCGACGUGGCCGCCUAGGUCAACUCUCAAGGCUUUUCCACUCUCUGGAAAGCACCGACGACGGGCUCAAGUCCAGCGUCUGUAAGCUGCUGCUCCGCAUGAGCCAGAUAGAGAGACAGCUGGAUUCACUGAACGAUGUAAAGGCGGAGAUCUCCCAGGUGCUGUCCGCUCUGCAGCGGCUGGAUGAAAAGAUCCAGCAGCCUAUCGGCGGCGAUGGACAAGGCACCGGUGGGCGAUGGCUGGAGCCUCUGAGCGGCGUCUCCUCCUUCAUGAGCCACCCUAUAACCCCUUCUGAGUCGUCCGAGCCUCAGCCUCUGUCUGUGUCCGAGCAUCUGUUUCCAGGGAUAAGCACGAGUAGUCUGGACUGGAACCGGUGGAACACUCCAGGGGAGCUCACCGAGAUCAGCAACGGUGAUUCAAAGGGGGGGAGAGAAGGGAAGAAAGACGCGUCAUCUCGUCGCGCCUCCAAAACCCAGCCGGAGGAGAAGAACCUGUCCGAUUCCAAACAGCUGAACGUCUCUCACUCCGCAAAAGACUGGACGGUGUCGUUCUCCAAAAGCAAAGACGGCAAGUCUUCACAUGGACAGGCAGAUCAAUCGGGCAGCACGACUAACCUCAUCUCCAAGAAGUCCUCCAACCUGGUGGAUCAGGUGUUUAACUCGUCCCUGUUCCGCCACAAAGACACCGGUCCGACCUCGGGGAAGAUCCUGGACCCCAGGAUGUCUGCGGGGAGGGGGAGGCCCAUAUGGACUGUGGACGACAGAGAGGCACGGAUCUCCUCUCUGGACCUGCAGACCCAGGAGUCUCUGAACCCCAACAACAUGGAGUUCUGGAUGGACGACGUUUACACCCCCGGCUACGACGCUCUCCUCAGGCGUAAAGAGGCGGACCUCCGCCGGGCCAAGGUCUGCAAGAUGGCCGCCCUCAUUGCCGCAGCAGUGGUGAUCAUUCUCAUCAUCGUCAUUCCCCUUUGCACCAUGGGCUUGUGA